UUGGCAACACUGUUGGCCGUUACGUUGCUUGGCCAUUUCUUUUGGCCACUUCACUUCGUGUUAAGCUAGCGCGUUGCUCGGGGGCUCUUUUUUUUUGAAUUGCUCGCCUCGGUUUUGACGCUCAUCGACAUUUCAGCUGCGAACGAAGCGCGCAGUCGCUUUGUGGCAUCCAACGAACUCAGAUGCCGAUCGUGAACACGUUAAGAAUACUUUGAGACAGCAAUCGGGGCUGCUUCUAUUGCUACUGUUGCAAUUGCUGUGGGUGCAACAACAAUCGUAUUUCAAUCGUGUGUUGCCAAAUCAAUCAAGGCCAACUAAGCGCCUAAAGUCAGUGUCAAGUUCGAUGAUAUGGUAACCUCCUGCAAACUCGACUCCCAAUCAGUUGUGGCAGUUCCCAAAAUGAAUUCGGUGCGCACCCGUAAACCAGCGAGCAGUAACAGCAACUCUUCCGGCUUUCGGCUACUGGACGGCGAUCAGCUCGAGAACAAUUCGAGUGUCAGUCGAAAUUCGAUAUACAAACUAAAGAUCGAUCUUAUGUUUGACGAUUCCAGAUCAAUGCGCAGCAACCGCCUCGACGAUCCACGAGGAUCGCAUCGCACGCGUUCCAUCAUCAUGUAUGGACGUAGUGAGCUGGCCAGCACCUCGGGUGACAAUCCGCGUUCGUUGAGCAGCUUCCUCCAGGAGUCCAGCGAGUCAGCCAAGGUGCUGGCCGAGGCGGCUAAGAACGAUGUGCAGCGCAUUAGCAACAGCGUGCAAGCUCAGAUCGAACAGUUGUUCACCGACGUGGCCAAGGAUGCCACCAACAGUUUCGAUGUCACCUGUUUGGGCUGUCUGCCGCUCAAGGAUAAGGUGACCAGUCUGCAAGGUUUGCAGGAGCCGCUGCGUCAACUCUAUCUCGACGAGAUGACCAAGAAGAAAUUAAAGUCGGGUUAUUUGGACAUAUGUGCUACGGGUUUGCGCAUUAAGCUUAGCGCCAAGCUCAAUGAGGAGGAGAAUGAUUCCAGCAUUACGCCAUUUCACAACAUUGCCGUGUGGUCAGCGGUCAAGUUUGUCAUUUCGGAUUCAGAUGGCGGCGCUGCAUUUUUGCCACUAAUCACAGAUCCCGAUAACAUCGAUAAGACGGCGUUAUUUCAGCCAUUGAGCGCCAUUGAGCAGCUGGCUGUGGAGCAGAGCGAGCACAUGCAUGCGCCCAUCUUUGCGGUGGUCAUGCGCUCGGCCAGUGCACCCAAGAUACUCGAGUGUCAUGGCUUCAUCUGCAAGAGCACCGAGGAUGCCAUCGUCAUUGCGGCCACGCUCUACCAGAGCCUGAUGGCGCAUGUGAGCACCAAUUCGCAUCGCAGCACCAAGCGACGCACGCCACGUCAACAGAACGGUGUGAGCUGCAUCAGCAUUGCCAGCAGCUCGGCGCUGACCAGUUCCAACUAUUUGUCACGCUCCCAGGUGGCGCCCAGUUUGAAUGGCAGACGCAGCUCGUUCCGCAGCAGCAGCGCCGGAACUGGCAGCCAAAUGGGAAUGGGCUCGGCGACUCCUUCGAGAUCCACACGCAAGAAGCGCGUGUCGAGCAGUUCGCUCAGCUCCAACAGCAAUGUGAUCAACGAGGCGGCGGAGAUUGAAACCUCCACGGAGGAGCGCAAACGCAAAUCACACAAAACGAAGCGAGCGCCGCCAGUUCCAGCUCCCAAUGUGCUCGGUGGCUACAGCAAGGGAGCAGCAUCCAGCUCCGGACGCAGCAAUAAUAUCGUGUGCAACAAUGGGCAUGUGAAUCGAUUGCAUCAUCAUGGCCAGAAGAAGCCAACGACGCCCACAAUGCCGCUGGCCAUGCCGCUGCCCAUGGCCAAUGGCAAUGCGAAUGCACGCAAGAUCAGCGAUCUGGUUGGCGCUGUGGGCGCUGUGAGUGCAGCCGGAGAUGGUGAUAUACUGACACGUGUGGCCAUUCCAAGAUCGGGAAGUUUCCUCAACACCGGCGGACUGACGCGCUACAAAUCUCGAGCGGCACGACGCACCAACUCGGGCAAACUGGGAGGCGGCGGUGGCGGAGGAGGGUUUGGUUUGGUUGAUUGGCAUCGUUUGAAUUGUGCUUCUAGUUCCCCACUUGGUUUCAGUGAAUUGUUUAAUGAAUUUCGACUGCACGAGAAUCUGCAUUCGUUGGACGACAUUCUGUAUGCCAUCAUCGAUGCCGAUGGCAUGUCCUUCAACGAUCUGAAGCCCAUCUACAAGGAGUUUCUGCUCAAGCUUGCUGUCACGCUGACACAGGACGAACUCUUUCAGCGCUCGAAGAACAUUAUGCGACGACAGAAGAAAAAGAAACAGAAGCGCAAAUCAAGUUUGAAUGGCUCACAGAAGAAACCGAAGAGCAUCUUCUUUGGCACCAAGAGCCUGAAGAAGGUUUUUCAACUCGGUCAGUUUCGCAGCUGCCGCGGCAAGCUGACAAAGCCCACGCAUGCCAAGGAUUCCUCGGCCACCAUGGAGAGCUCCGGCAAGCGGCGACUGACGCCACCCAUCAUCAUUGGCCCACCGACGAGCCAAAGCCAUCAGCAGCAGCAACGCAAUCGAGCGGCCACAAGUGGCUCCGAUGUCUCCGUGGUGCGCAAUGAACAUGCUCUUCAAGGCAUUCAUCGCAACAGCAGCAGCGGCUACGUCUCUUGCUCGGAGUGCAGCUACGACUCGGAGUCGUGCACUUGUGCCUCGGCAGAUCGCUGCUACUGCAGUCUGCGCACCGAGCAUCUGAACCACAAGUUGCGCCAGAAGAACGAACGCAACAUGGCCAUGGCCAAUGCAAGGAAGCCAGCUGGCAAUGCAGCCGCAACAGCAGCGACAGCAGGAGCUGGCAAUCGCCAUUCGCUGAUAUCGUGCAAGUCGGAUGAGAAGUGCUACUGCUCCAUGGUGGAGGAGGAGCCCAACAGCACACUGGAGCACGACUCGGCCAAUUCGCACUCGGACACAACAACCUGGUGUGACACCGACAGCUGUGUGAGUGCCAGCAAAUGCUACUGCAAGCGCACACAUCGACGCCAGCGGGUGAAUGCUGCGCCUGUGAGUGAGGAUUCUCUGAAUCAACAGCAUAGAUCGCGAGCCAGCUCAAGGAAGCCCAAGCCGAGCGAGAAACUGGGACUCGACUACGAGCUCUUCACCAUUGGCGGCAACAGCAAGCCGGUGCAGCCGCAUGAGGCGCUCAGCGUGAAGAAGAGCGUGGAGGCUGCCGCCGUGUUUGCGGACAUGAAACUCAGCCAGACGACGGACAUCAAGAGCCUGUGCCCACCGCUGAUGCCGUCUGGUCAUGGCCAGAAGCAGAGCAUGCGUCAGAGCAACGCCAGCUGCCAUUCGAAUGGCUCCUCACGCCGUUCACUCUAUCGCACACGUGAAUCGAUCAGCACUGAUCGCCUGGGCCAUGGCAAUGGUAAUGUGAAUGCCAUGAUGAUGCCUGCGCUGCAUUUGAGCUCGAGUGGUGCAUCGCACAAGUCGUGCAGUGCCGAUGAUCUGCUCAUCAAUAUCAAGGCUCUGGAGAAGGCCGCCUCCAUUCGCAGCAGUGUGAGCAGAAGCCGCAUGGCCAGCUAUCAAUCGAUGCGUGCCGUGAGCGCUUCUCUCGAGGAUUCGCUGGGGUAUUUGCCAUAGAAUUUCAAUAGAAUACUCAAAUCCCAUAGUGCUUAAGUCAACAUACUAUACUUCUAACUAAUAUCUAUUCAAGCAUAAAUACUCCUAAUCUACUUUAUUCUAACAUACUAUAUAAAUCUUAGACAUCGCGGCUUAUGUUUCUCAAGUCAAUUGAGACAGACUUAAUUAAACAGCUUCAAUUGCCUUGCGAAACGUAAUCAUCAUUUAAAAAUAAUAUUUUUAUUAUAUUGUCGUACUUAUAGCGAACUCGUGACAUUAGCAUUAAGGCUUGAAACUCUUCGAUAAGCAAACAGACGAGGUGCAAUACGAAAACCAUUAUAAACAAACAAUAUACGAUCCUAGUUUCCAACGCAGUGCAAUAUUUACUAAGCUUAUUAACAAAUAAAACGAUCUUAUAUA